GUUUAUUAGUUACUUCACUACUGCUAGUUUUGUGCACUAAUGCAUUAGAAAACUGGAUAAUCUGUCUGUUGUGUGAGCUCAACAGGACUAUAAAAAGAGUGGAUCUAAAUAUCUGGAUAUAUUUUUAGGCAUCAAGAAGACGCUUGAGGAUGGAAUCUAACUUUGCACACCAAUUGUAAAUUCCUGGAAAUAAUAUGGUGUUUAGAAGAAUUGCAGAAUUUAUUUCUGCUGCAACAGGUCGUUUGUCAGCCCCAAAGUCUUCCGCUGUUCCUUAUACAUCAUCUGGACUGUCACCUCUGGCGGGUUCAGUUCAGGGUUCUGGUUUUGCAAGCUCUGGGCAGAAGAAUAAUUUGAGACACUUCUCAUCCCUUCAAGAUUUCUCUUCAUACCGCCAACCUGAUCCAGAAGAAGGCGAUCUUAACUCUGGAAUAGAGAGGAUAUUAGCCCUCCCAAAAAAGCCUCAUUUGUUAGCUAGAGAAAAUGGUGGGUCAAGUUUUUCCAAGGAGAAGGCAUUACCAGCAAUCUCUUUUGUGCGAAAGAGAUGGGUGCGAGUGAUCAUGUUUCUCUUAUGCCUACUGUUGUUUGCUUUCUUCAUCUAUAUGUUACAGUUUCUCUAUUCUAAUUUGUCGCAAGGAACAUCCAAGUUCUAUGUUGUACUCGAUAGUGGUAGUACUGGAACCCGGGUUUAUGUAUAUCAAGCAUUUCUUAAUCACAAGAACGAUGGUAGUCUCCCUUUUUUGUUGAGAUCACAACCAGAAGGAUUUCAGAGAAAACCGGGUCCACAGAGUGGACGUGCGUACAACCGCAUGGAGACUGAGCCUGGUUUUGACAAAUUAGUGCAUAAUUUAUCUGGCUUGCGGGGUGCAAUAAAACCACUUCUUCGAUGGGCAGAGAAGCAAAUUCCCAAACAUGCAUAUAAAUCUACUUACCUCUUCCUUUAUGCUACAGCUGGUGUUCGCAGGCUGCCUAGUUCAGACUCAGAAUGGAUUCUUAACAAUGCUUGGUCCAUUCUAAAAACUUCACCUUUUCAGUGCCAGAGAGAGUGGGUUAAGAUUAUUAGUGGUGUGGACGAAGCAUAUUUUGGAUGGAUAGCUUUAAAUUAUCACAAGGGUGUUCUGGGGGUUGCACCCAAAAAAGAAACAUUUGGUGCGCUUGACUUGGGUGGCUCUUCAUUGCAGGUUACUUUUGAGAGCAAGGACCAUGUCCAUAAUGAAACUACCUUAAAGCUGAGCAUUGGUCCUGUUAACCACCGUCUCAGUGCCUACUCUAUGUCGGGCUAUGGCCUGAAUGAUGCUUUUGACAAGUCUGUGGUUCAUCUUCUCAAAAAACUACCUCAAGUUACAACUGCAGAUCUAGUGAAUGGAAACAUUGAAAUUAAGCACCCUUGCUUGCACUCUGGCUACAAAGCAGAAUACAUCUGUUCUCAGUGUGCUUCUGUCAAUCAAGAAGGUGGGAGUCCGAUUGGCGGAAAAAAUUUGGGUAGAGGAGGAAAACCUGGAAUUCCCCUUCAACUUAUUGGUGCUCCAAAGUGGGACGAAUGCAGUGCACUUGCAAAAGUGGCUGUCAACUUGUCUGAAUGGUCAAAUCUAAGGCCAGUAAUUGACUGUGAACUGCAACCUUGUGCUCUUCCAGCUAAUCUGCCUCGUCCUUAUGGUCAGUUCUAUGCGAUGUCUGGCUUUUAUGUGGUAUAUCGUUUUUUUAACCUGUCUUUUGAUGCUGCACUUGACGAUGUGUUAGAGAAAGGUCAGGAAUUCUGUGAAAAAACUUGGGACAUUGCGAAGUACAGUGUUGCACCCCAGCCUUUUAUAGAACAGUAUUGCUUCAGAGCACCGUACAUCGUGAUCCUCUUAAGAGAAGGAUUGCACAUUACAGAUAGCCAUUUCACUAUUGGUUCUGGAAGUAUUACUUGGACACUCGGGGUUGCUCUGUUGGAAGCUGGGAAAGGAUUUUCCACCAGAACGGAGUUUCACAAUUAUCCAAUACUCUGGAUGAAGAUAAAACCAUAUAUUCUUUUUGCCAUUUUGUUUGUUUCAUUGUUUUUACUACUUUGUGCAUUCUCAUGGGAUGGCAAUUGGAUGCCAAGAUUUUUCACCAGAUCAUAUCUUCCCCUUUCUAGGCAUAACAGUGCCUCCACAUCUGUUCUCAAUAUACCCAAUCCUUUCCGUUUUCAGCGCUGGAGUCCUAUCAAUUCAGGGGAUGGACGAGUUAAGAUGCCACUGAGUCCAAUUGCGAGUGCCCAACAUAGACCAUUUGGGAUGGGACAUGGUUUCGGUGGCAGCAGUAUCCAGCUCACUGAAUCUUCCUUAUUCCCGUCAUCUAGCAGUGUUGCACAUAGCUAUUCUUCAGGUAGCUUGGGGCAGAUGCAAUGUGACACUAGUAGCAUGGGUUCCUUCUGGUCCCCUCACAGAAGUCAGAUGCAGCUUCAGAGCAGGAGAUCACAAUCUCGGGAAGACCUUAGUUCGUCACUGUCUGAGGCACACCUGGUUAAGGUUUAAAGCAUCUCCAAUUUUGUAACCACCACCUGUCUGAUUUGGCUUGCCCGAAAAAAAUUUAAGGGAGAGCUGUCACCGAAUGCAGUCUCUUCGUCCCUUUCACAAGGGCACAUUUGUUGGACAACUCGCUUUAAGUGGUUGGAAAGAUGAAGUCAGCACAGUUGGCCAGUGAAGAGGAAUCCUGAUGCGGGGGGUUGGAGAAAUAAUCUGAGAUGACAGUGGUAGAUGGUGUAGGUUUCAGUGCCAACAUCAUACUGCAAUGAGCCUGUUGACAGUUCUGGCUUCUUAUAAGUUUUAGAACUUGGUAAAUGAACACGGAACUUGAUUCGAUUUGGCCAUUUAACCCAUCAGCAUGCUUCAUCAGAGGAGAUCCUUCGUGGGAAUCUCAUUGACAACACCAGGACCUUUAUGGAUAAAGUCGUAACGUCCAGCUAACUCCCGCGCUCCAGCUAACUCCCACCCCUCACCCCUUUCCCAAAAGAGGACUCAAGGAAGCUUUGUACUACUAAAAGUGCAAGUGUUACUUAUCCUGUAGGUUGACUCCGUCUUCGCCAGUUAUGCUCCUUGAGAAAUUUUGUUCUAAUUUCUUUGGAUAAGUGGCAUUAACUUUCCUUUAGAGAUUUUGUUCUACUGGUUGGCUUUCUUUUUGUACCAAAUAGAAGGAAUGCUUUCGGCUCAGUAGAUUUACAGUUGAGAAGUUGGAUCUUAAUCAUGUAAUUUUUCAAACAUUUCUCCAAAUAUGAUAUCCUAAGGCC